CGGGCGGGCAGAGGGGCCGGAAGUUGGGGCCGCUCAGUCCCCAUUUCCGGCAGCGCCUCACUGCUCCGGAGUGGCGGCGGCCGCGUACGCAGUUUCCAUGGGGACCGAGGAUGGCGGCGCGAGGUGAGCGGUUGUCCUCCACGCCCCUGGAAAUCCUCUUCUUCCUGAACGGCUGGUAUUACGCGACCUACUUCCUGCUGGAACUCUUCAUAUUUUUGUAUAAAGGUCUCCUGCUGCCGUAUCCAAACGCCAAUCUGGUGCUGGACGUGGCGAUGCUCUUCCUCUACCUCGGGAUUGAAGUGAUUCGGCUGUUUUUUGGCACCAAGGGAAACCUGUGCCAGCGGAAGAUGCCCCUGGCCGUCAGUGUGGCCCUGACCUUCCCUUCCGCCGUGAUGGCCACGUACUACCUGCUGCUGCAGACCUACGUGCUCCGCCUGGAAGCCAUCAUGAACAGCAUCCUGCUCCUCUUCUGCGGCUCCGAGCUGCUGCUGGAGGCGCUCACGCUGGCCGCCUUCUCCAGUAUGGACAGGGUUUGAAGUCCAAAAACUGCAGCCCGCAGCCCUCAGCAGCUGAGAUGCUCACGCUCUGUACUGGAGCCACACCAGCGAGAUGGCGGCUCACGUGGACCGAGGGAGUUGCAGCUUUUCCUCAGCACAGAUGUUUGGGCAACAAACCGAGCAUAAGGCCACUGGGCACCAUCUAACCAGGACCCUCAGCCUAAGAGACUCUUCCACUCCAGCACAGGGCGGGGCAGGCUGUCCCCUCUGGCUGCGCUCAGAACCGGCUCCUGAGGACUCAAGCUCUCCGCUCUGACCGCCGUGGCCAGAGCAUUUGUGUGGACCAAGUAGGCUCCGUGGCGCCCACAGGACCUGAGCCACUCUGCCCCGUGUGCCGUGCCUGCCUGCCCUGCGCCAGCACGGAGCUCCAAGGGACACAGCCUCCAUCCUGCGGAGGCUGAGCGCCAGGCCUUUUUGAGUAGCUCAUAGUGUUAUUUUUCUAUCCCCAUCAUGAAGCAAACAUUAUUUUAUAAUAAACAUGUAUUUUCUGUU